AUGGACGAUAUUUUAGAANUUGCCGAGGAUCAUAAAAAAGUCAUCGUUAAUUGUCGUCAAGACUUAAUAUUGCAACGGAGUGGUACAGAUUUAAACUGUAUUUACUCGACAAAUGAAAAUUUAUCAAGUUGUAAAAUUAUUUUGAGCAAAGUUAUAUGGAAAGUUCCGCAUGUAAGUGUGUCGGAUGCCAUGCGGUUAGACAUGCUCAAAAUCCUGGAAACCUCAACACCGCUUCAAAUAGCAUUUCGAAGUUGGGAUCUAUAUGAAAAUCCUGGCCUACCAAAUAGUAAAAGACAAGCCUGGACUGUGAAAACUUCAUCGCAGACUGAGAGCCCGAGAUUUGUUAUUGUAGCUUUUCAAGUGGAUAGAAAAAACAAAAUAAACAAAGAUAGUAGUAGAUUUGACCAUUGUUCGUUAUCAUCUCUAAAAGUAUACUUGAAUUCGGAAUCGUACCCCUAUGAUAACUUGCGAAUGGACUUUUCAAAUGAUAAGUAUGCUGUACCAUAUCACAUGUACACUCAAUUCCAAGAGGCGUUCUAUGAAAAGGAGAUGGCGUGUCCUAUGCUGACAAAAACAGAAUUCAAGACAACUGCACCACUCAUUGUCAUUGACUGUUCGAGGCAAAACGAAAAAUUAAAAAAUGCGCCAGUAGAUAUUAGAUUAGAAUUUGAAUCUGAUGAAAAUUUUCCGACCAACACUACAGCAUAUUGCUUAAUUGUACACGACAAAAUGUUUGAAUAUAAUCCUAUGACUAAUGAAGUUCAUAAAAUAUUAUAA